AUGCCUCAUACUAAAAAACCUCAUGAUAUCAAAUAUAGUAAAUCACAAACAUUUACUCAUAAUACUGAAAUUCCAAUACUUCAACUUAUAUUUCUUGAACAAACUUAUGAUUCAAAUCCUACCGAAUUUAAUUUACAACAAAGUAAUAAUAAUGAUGUUAAUAAUAAUUUUAUUGAUGAAAGUAUACCUGUUGAUAGUGAUGAUAGUAUUUAUAAAGAAAAGAAAACUCAUUUGAAUAAAUUCUGGCAGUCAAUUCAUGUUCAACUUAAAGACGCAUUAAUUGAGUUGAAAAGUCAAUAUAAUGUUGAAGAAAAUAUAUGUCUUUAUAAAAAAUGUUAUAAUAAUGAACUAUUUAAAAUAAUUACAGUUGAUUGUAUUUAUUUUAAACAAUUUGUAGAAAAAUUACUUCUAUUAGCACAAAUAUCAUAUGAAAGUUUUUGUAUUGCUUUAAGAUAUAUUUAUGAUAAUAAACUUAGUAGUCAUAAAAAUAUUUAUAAACUUUUUAUGUCUACUUUUAGAUAA